GUGCAGCAGAGUCGGAAACACAAGUUCAAGCGCAGCGUGUAUGUAUUGUUAGCCGAAUACCAUUACUCUGCUACCGAGCCAAAGCAAGGUAGCCAGACAGCAGAAACAGAAAACAUGGCGAAAACGUACGAUUAUCUGUUCAAACUGCUGCUCAUCGGAGACAGCGGGGUGGGCAAGACGUGUCUGCUGUUUCGAUUCAGUGAGGACGCGUUCAACACCACCUUCAUCUCCACUAUAGGGAUUGACUUUAAAAUCAGAACAAUUGAGCUGGAUGGGAAGAAGAUCAAGCUUCAGAUCUGGGAUACAGCCGGACAGGAGAGGUUCAGAACCAUCACCACUGCAUAUUAUAGAGGAGCAAUGGGAAUUAUGCUGGUGUACGAUAUCACAAAUGAGAAAUCAUUUGACAACAUCAAGAACUGGAUCAGGAACAUUGAAGAGCAUGCAUCAUCAGAUGUGGAACGGAUGAUAUUGGGUAACAAAUGUGACAUGAAUGAUAAGAGGCAAGUUUCAAAAGAAAGAGGGGAAAAGCUAGCUAUUGAUUAUGGAAUCAAGUUCUUGGAAACAAGUGCAAAAUCUAGCACAAAUGUUGAAGAGGCUUUUGUCACUCUUGCUAGAGACAUCAUGACCAGAUUAAACAGAAAAAUGAAUGAGAAUAACCCUUCGGGAGGAGGAGGAGCAGUGAAAAUCACAAAGAGUCGAUCCAAGAAGCCAAGCUUCUUCCGCUGCACUCUGCUCUAACCCGGCAACUUCUGCAGCCUCAGUGUGUGAAUGAUUUCAUUUCUCUAUGUGUGUUUGGCGUGCGCGUGUGUGUGUUUGUGUGAGGGUUUACAGUACCACUGGACUUUCAGCUGUUAGCUGCUGCUGAGAGCUCUGGACUUUAGCCUGCCUCAUCUAUACGCAUUGAAGGCCUGAAGAGAGUGUGCUAGAUAAAGGACUAUUGCGCUGUUCCCAAAACGUUCCUUUUAAGGCAAAAUAUCCAUCUACCUACCCCUUAGCCCCCUGGAUCAGUCCCAAUUUAGUGAAGCCUAAUUUGAAUUUUGGGAACCUUUUUUUUAAUCUUUACAAUAAUUAAUUACAUAUAGUCAAUUUAUAGUCACAUUGAUUUUAAAUGGUUUAUUAAAGCACCAUUUAAUGAAGGAAAAUUUAUGAAGAGAUGACAGUAUAUCGAACUCCUGCUAUUAUGCAGUUUUUGGCAAUAAAGACUGUGGACCUAAAGUAGCGACUGAAGAACCUGAAAGUUUGACAAUUAACUAUUGGUCAAACUGAAGGAUAUAUAUAAUUUUUGUUAUUGUUGAAUGUUAUGUUUUGUUAUAUUUAAAGUCACCCAUUUUAUAUGUACUUAAUUGUGUUUUUAGUUACUGUUCCAAAGCCGCAAUAAACUGUGGAAUAGAAGGCAAUGUUCCACAGGUCUUAGUCUUCCCCCUUUCCCUGACUUUGUCAUUAACUUUAUCUGCAACAGAGACCAAAGUAAAAAGAAAUCGAAACUGUGAUGGAUACUAGCAAUCAAAAUUUCUCCUUCUUUUUCUUUCUUUUUUGGUUGUAAUCUCAUAUAUAUUGAGCAUGAAAAAGAAAGACAAAAGAAUAACGAGAGGGCUAGGACCCAUUUCCUAAUGCUUGUUGAAGCAGCAGCCAGCUAGGCCCUAUAUAUUAGUAUAUACAGUAUUACAUUUACUAAUGGUAUUAUAUUUUUAUACUCUUAUUGACGUAAGCAUCUUUUACUCACCACUGCAUAUGAAGCACCUAAAGCAUGUUAACCUGUGCUUAUGUGAGAUUGAUUUAUUUAAUACUUAUUUUUUUAACUCAUUUAAAUGUUGUCACAGUAUUCUGUACGUUGUCUUUUGUAAUUCCCUCUUUUAUAAGACUCUUAUGAGUGUGAAGUCGUGUAGUGUUUACAGCACAACUGCAACAGUAUCUUUUUUUUUUUGAGGUCAUUCACUGUUAUUUGUGUGUGUGGGUCUCUUGUAGAACCUCCUCACUUCAUAAACCACUUAAAGUCCCGCCUGUCAGCCACUUAAAAAAAAGAGUGCAAGAUAGUAAUAGCUUGAAUGUGUUCAAGUGUCCUUUGAGCUUAUUGGGCUAUUACUAGGCCCAUGUGAAAUUUGCAGACUUUUAUCGCUGAUUCUGUGGGGGGGAAAGACAUGGAAUUUUACAUUCAAACAUGGUUAACCAGAGCUGAGAGUACUAAACUCUUAUUACCUUAGUGUAUGAGAAAUGUUCCAAUUCUGUGUAAAUCUGCAGAUCUUUCCAUGUACAGAUUCCAUGUGGGCCUGUUACAAAUUGAGAACAAACUGAAAUGUUGAGAAUCAACCUAGAUAUUUCAGAAUUCAUCUAAGUUACUCAUAAUGAAUGAUUGAUUUUACUGUUUAUGGUUAAGGGUGUACGAUUGCUUGAGUUCUAUUGGCAUUGUGCAUCUGUUUGAAAGAACCCCUUUUCGUGCUUGUGAGGUGUGCCAUUUCCACUUAAAGUGAUAGUUCACCCAGAAAUAAAACUUCAUUAACUCAUGUCAGUCCAAACCCU